AUGCUAUCGCGACGAAGCGAAUCGCAUUCGCCGUCGUUGUCGCGUAGCAAAUCGACGGGCGGCGCGUCGCCGCCGCCGCCGUCGGCCUCCGGCGGCUCCGACAACGUCAUCUAUUCGACGAUCAUUCGCAAGAAGUUCGCCAAAUGUUUCGGGUUCUCAUCGUCGUCGAAAGCCAACAAAUCGAUUCAGACGGUGACGUCGCCCGACGGCGGCGAUCAUUCAAAGGCCUCAAAACCGCGCGUUUCGAAUAUCACAUUCUCGACGGUGACGUCAGCCACCGGCCUGCCGACAAUUGCCGCCGAGCCGAAUAAGGCGAGAAGUAGCAGGUGCGUUUCAAAGCCGUUCAUCUCUUCUAAUAAUGGGUCCGAUUAG